AUGCGUUUCUCCGGAGGCUCUGGCGAGGGGUCUGCGGGCAACUCUAGCUCGUGGUGGCCCCCGGCGGCCAGCGGCACCAACAUGAGCAGGGAAGCCGAGGCUCUCGGGGAAGGUGGUGGCCAGGAGCUGGACGUGCGGAACGAGGAGCUGGCCAAGCUGGAGAUCGCCGUGCUGGCGGUGACUUUCGCGGUGGCGGUGCUGGGCAACAGCAGCGUGCUGCUGGCGCUGCACCGCACGCCGCGCAAAACGUCCCGCAUGCACCUCUUCAUCCGCCACCUCAGCCUGGCCGACCUGGCCGUCGCCUUCUUCCAGGUGCUGCCGCAGCUGUGCUGGGAUAUCACCUACCGCUUCCGCGGCCCAGAUGGGUUGUGCCGCGUAGUGAAACACCUGCAAGUGUUAGGUAUGUUCGCGUCGGCCUACAUGCUAGUGGUCAUGACCGCAGACCGCUACAUCGCGGUGUGCCACCCGCUCAAGACGCUGCAGCAGCCGGCGCGCCGCUCGCGCCUCAUGAUCGCGGCUGCCUGGGUGCUGAGCUUCGUGCUGAGCACGCCGCAGUACUUCAUCUUCUCCAUGAUCGAGGUGAACAAUGUCACCAAAGCCUACGACUGCUGGGCCACCUUCAUCCAGCCCUGGGGGCCCCGCGCCUAUGUGACCUGGAUGACGGGCGGCAUCUUCGUGGCGCCCGUGAUCAUCCUGGUUACCUGCUACGGCUUUAUCUGCUAUCACAUCUGGCGCAACGUCCGCGCGAAGACUGCGUCGCGCAGGCACAAGGGCCUCGAGGGCGCGGGCAGCGCCUUCCAACAGGGGCUCCUGCUCGCGCCCUGUGUCAGCAGCGUGAAGACCAUUUCCCGCGCCAAGAUCCGCACGGUGAAGAUGACUUUCGUUAUCGUGACGGCUUACAUCAUCUGCUGGGCGCCCUUCUUCAUCAUCCAGAUGUGGUCCGUCUGGGAUGAAAAGUCCGCCUGGGUCGAUUCAGAAAACCCUACCAUCACUAUCACCGCAUUACUGGCUUCCUUGAAUAGUUGCUGCAAUCCCUGGAUAUACAUGUUUUUUAGUGGACAUCUUUUGCAAGACUGUAUCCAAAGCUUCCCGUGCUGCCGAAAUACGAAGCAAAAAUUCAACAAGGAAGAUUCUGACAGCGUAAGUAGAAGACAGACUUCCUACACUCACAACCGAAGCCCAACAAACAGUAUGGGUAUCUGGAAGGAUUCGCCUAAGUCUUCCAAGUCCAUCAAAUUCAUUCCUGUUUCAACCUGAGCUCCUUGCUUUGCAAACAGACUCUUAAAACAGACUUUCUGGCCCAUUAGCUGAAUACAACUAGAAAUCAUGAGAACAAAUUGAACUUAAUCUAUGCACUGGGUACAAGGCUAUGUUUCUAGUUGCAUUUUCGCAUUGCUAUGACCAAGGAUCUGUGAAUUAUUUUAUAUGAACUCUUUUCUUCAUAAAAACACAAUACACGAAAAUUUGCAAGCCUAAUUCCCAGAAAUAUACCAGAAGUUAUAUUUCUAAAAGAAAAAUCAUAACCACCCCGGCUUUAUAUUUCUGUUGUUGGUUCAUUUUUUUGUUUGUUUUGUUGUAAUUUUUUGGCUUAACUAAGGCCUGAUUGGUUUAAAAGUCAUUUCAUGACGGGGUACUAUUUCUGAACCAAGUAUGUUCAUCAUCAGCCUUAGUGUUUGAAAGGACUUAGGAAUGACUUCAGAGAAACUAUGUUUUCUUUCAGUAAAAUCAAUUCAACCUCAAAUGGUAGCCUGGAGAAAGGAUGAGA